AUGCUCUGCACCGUGUGCGGAAUUGAGGGCCGUGUUGAGCACCCCAACAUCUCCGGCGAAGAAUGCUGCAGUCCCAACUCCGACCACGGACCUUGUCAGGGCUGUAAGGAAAUAGGAGACAUAGACGUCGAGAUUUCACAGACGAGGGCGGUUCUGUUGAAGCUCUACCUCAAACGCUGCGACGCCAAACUCAAGCGCAACCUACACCACGACCAGCUUGUCCGACGCCUCCCAGUGGAAGUCGUAUCCCGCAUCUUCGUUCAUUGUCUCUCCCUCGAAUCCCCGCUCUCCAUUCCGAUGUACGAAUCGUAUUCCGAUCCCCCAUCCCGACCCUUUCGCAUAAAACCGACCACCCUGGCUUUGGCCGCCGUCUGCCAGCGCUGGCGACAAAUCGCCUUUGCAACCCCGCGCCUCUGGAAUGUCGCGGGUGUCAAGAUAGGAGGAAGGGCUGUCGCGGCGUAUGCCAAUAUGACGGCAGAUUGGCUGGGACGGUCGGGUCGCCUGCCGCUCUCGCUGGACAUUUACGAAGAAAGGCCGCGGGCCAGGUUCAGUGCGACUUUGCGCCGCCGGGGAUUCGUGGACCAGCCUCCUAUCGCCUUCGACUUCACACCCAUAUUCGAAGCCAUCAAUGCUCACAUGCAUCGUGUGAAGACCCUGGAGGUGCAUCUCGACGCGCAAUACCUCCCCUUGCUGCGUAGCGAAGCUCCUGUCUUGCAAGAGCUCUAUAUAUCCGUCACGAGCAGUCGAAGAGGUGUCGCACCACGCAUGCAAUUAGCAGACACCUCCCCGAGUCCUCAGAGGGUGCUUCUUCGCGACGUGUCCUCUGGUCGAAUUGGUCUCGAUUGGGCGGGGGUGACGUAUUUUGAGGCCGUCUCUCUGUUCCUCGUCGAGGCCUUCGAACUUCUCCAGCACACGCCGCAGCUGACAGAGUGCAAGAUCGGCCACAUUGCCACCGUGUCGACAGAACCACCCGUUCUUCCCCAGAUCAGCCUCCCACAUCUAGAAACACUCAUUUUUGGCAGAACACCAGCGGGUCAAGGAAAGCUCCUUGGUCAACUGGUAACGCCCGCUCUGAAGACUCUCGAAAGCAAGGCCGACCUGCGUGCCAUCUCUGCGUUCAUCACACGCUCGAAGUGCGAACUUCGUCGCCUUGCCAUCACCGCGGCUGAAGAAACGCUAGAGAGUUUCACGGAGGUGCUCGAGAAAACACCGUAUCUGAACGAACUCGAAGCAGUGGGUUUGGAUGUGCACGAUGCAUUCUUCGAGCGCCUGGCUGCGACGUCGCUGACACGGAGUAACGCUCCGGUGUCCGAGGUGUUCCUGCCCUUGCUGUGCGUGCUCAGCUUGAGCGGUAUUCCCUGCUUCAAGUGGUCGUCCAUCCCUCCUAUUUUCUCGCCGAAGGACGAGGACGGCGAUUUUUUUCCUCGCCCGUUGUAUUCUCUAGAGCUCACUUUUUCCUCCUUUUUUGAAGGAGACGAAGACGUCUGGCUCCAAGCGUCAGAUAUAAUUGGCGCCGACGUCGAAGCGCGCUUCAAAGAGCUUCGAGAGGAGGGAAAGGAAAUAUACAUUUCUCUUGAAACGGGCGAGGUUCUAUCUGAAUAG